AUGAUGUGCGUGCACAUAUGGUGGUUCAGCCUGGUGAUUCUGGCUGGGUGGGCUCUCAGUGCUGCCCGUGCCGAGCCGGGCUGGGCUCGCAAGCCGUCCUUGGCACAGAGGGGACACCUGAAUCAGGUGCCGUUGGAAGGAGACCGCUGCUGGCUGGGGGCCAAGCUUCGAAGACCCAGAGCUGCUCCCCAGAAUCACCUCUUCGGGGUCUACCCCAGCAGGCCCGGGAGCCACCUGAGGCCCUUCCCCAUAGGGGAGCAGGGGCCCCAUCAUGCUGGGCGCACGAGACCAGACACUGAGGGCAAGGCUGCGAGCCUGGCUCCCCAACACCUGACUGACAAGGCAGGAGGAGCGAGCGGUGUGGUGGAGCAGCCCGCUGCCCCGUGGCCAGGGGACAGUCCUAUUGGGCAAUCUGAGCUGCUGGGAGAUGAUGACACUGAUCUUGGCAACCGAGGAUCCAAGGAGUCUCUAGGUGAGGCUGUGGCUCGGGAAAGCGCAUCCCCAGCUGCCACCGUUACCGCGGCCUCCGAACGCCCCUCGGAACGCAGACCAGGGGCCCAGAGGCAGGCCUGGGCCAGGUCGAGGCGUCAUCGCCCAGUGACCAAGAGGCAGGCGGAAGAUGCGCGGGGAGACCCCGACCGCUCUCUCCCGCACGUCCAGCCCCGGCCUGACCAUUCCCCGACGUCCAGGACCGGCGUUCAGAGUGGUGGCGGAGCCCGGGGCUGGGCGGCCGAGCCCGCCGGCCCCCCGGGAGGACUGCCUGUCCUGUACUUCUCCGGGCGGCAGGAGCGGCUGCUGCUGCGUCCAGACGUGCGGGCUGAGCUCCCCCGGGAGGCGUUCACAGUGGAAGCCUGGGUGAAGCCCGAGGGAGGACAGAACAACCCGGCCGUGAUCGCAGGUGUGUUUGAGAACUGCUCUCACAUCAUCAGUGAUAAGGGCUGGGCCCUGGGCAUCCGCUCAGGGAGAGACAAGGGAAGGCGAGACGCUCGCUUCUUCUUCUCCCUCCGCACGGACCGCGUGCAGAAAGCCACCAUUGUCACCGGCCACAGCCGCUACCAGCCAGACAAGUGGACCCACGUGGCAGCCACUUACGACGGACGGCGUAUGGCCCUGUACGUGGAUGGCACUCGGGUGGCCAGUAGCGCAGGGCAGACCGGCCCCCUGAACAGCCCUUUCAUGGCAUCCUGCCGCGCCCUGCUCCUGGGAGGGGAUAGCUCUGAGGACAGGCACCACUUUCGUGGCCACCUGGGCACACUGGUCCUCUGGUCAAGCGCCCUCCCACAGAGCCACCUUCAGCACAGUCCUCAGCACCCGAGUGGGGUGGAGGAGCCCACCACCCUGAUCCUGACAGCCAGUUUCGAUCUUCUGAAAGAACAGUGGGUCCCCUUCAGGGAUGGGGCGUACCCACGGCUUGAGGUGCUCCAGGGUGCUGAGCCAGAGCCCGAGAUUCUGUCACCAUUGCGGCCUCCACCCUGCGGGCAAACAGCCUGUGACAACGUGGAACUGAUCUCCCAGUAUAACCAGCACCGGCCCCUCCGGGGAGAGAAGGCGAUCCGCUACCAGGUGGUGAACAUCUGUGAUGACGAGGGUCUGAACCCCACCGUGAGUGAGGAGCAGAUCCUCCGGCAGCACAAGGAGCUGAACGAGGCCUUCAACCGCUACAACAUCAGCUGGCAGCUCAGCGUCCACCGGGUCCACAACUCCACCCUGCGCCACCGGGUCAUGCUCGUGAACUGUGAGCCGAGCAAGAUUGGCAAUGACCACUGCGACCCCGAGUGUGAGCACCCGCUCACGGGCUACGACGGGGGCGACUGCCGCCUGCAGGGCCGCUGCUACUCCUGGAACCGCAGGGAUGGGCUCUGCCACGUGGAGUGCAACAACAUGCUGAACGACUUUGACGACGGAGACUGCUGCGACCCCGAGGUGACGGAUGUGCGCAAGACCUGCUUCGACCCUGACUCACCCAGGAGGGCCUAUAUGAGUGUUAAGGAGCUAAAGGAGACCUUGCAGCUCAACAGUACUCACUUCCUCAAUGUCUACUUUGCCACUUCAGUGCGGGAAGACCUUGCAGGUGCUGCUACCUGGCCUUGGGACAAGGAAGCUGUCAGCUAUUUGGGUGGUGUGGUCCUCAACCCAUCCUAUUACGGCAUGCCUGGCCACACCAACAUCAUGAUCCAUGAGGUGGGUCAUGUCCUGGGACUCUACCACGUGUUCAAGGGGGUCAGCGAGAGGGAAUCUUGCGACGACCCCUGCAGGGAGAUGACGCCAUCCAUGGAAACAGGAGACUUGUGCGCCGACACGGCUCCCACUCCCAAGAGUAAGCUGUGCCGGGACCCAGAGCCCACCAAUGACACCUGUGGCUUCACUCACUUCCCAGGAGCUCCAUUCCGCAACUACAUGAGCUACACAGAUGACGACUGCACUGACAGCUUCACCCCUAACCAAGUGGCCCGAAUGCAUUGCUAUUUGGACCUUGUAUAUCAGCAGUGGAGUCAAAGCAGAAAGCCCACCCCUAUUCCCAUCCCGCCCAUGGUCAUUGGACAGACCCACAAGUCCCUCACUAUCCAUUGGCUGCCUCCUAUUAGUGGAGAUGUAUAUGACAGGACUCCAGGCAGCGUGUGUGGCUCCUGCAGCGAAGAUGGGACUUUCCGUCAGUAUGUGCACACGGCUUCCUCCCGGCGGGUGUGUGACUCCUCGGGUUACUGGACCCCGGAUGAGGCUGUGGGUCCUCCCGAUGUGGAUCAGCCCUGCGAGCCGAGCUUGCAAGCCUGGAGUCCCGAGCUGCACCUGUACCACAUGAACAUGACGGUGCCCUGUCCUGCAGAGGGCUGUAGCCUGGAGCUGCAUUUCCAACACCCGGUCCAUGCCGACACCCUGACCCUUUGGGUCACUUACCUGUCUAUGGGCUCCUCCCAGGCCCUCUUCGAUACAGAGAUAUUGCUGGAACAGCAGGCGUCUGUGCACCUGGGCCCCUUGGACACGUUUUGUGACACCCCGCUCACCAUCAAGCUGCAUGUGGAGGGGAAGGUCUCGGGCGUUAAGGUCUACACGUUUGACGAGCGGAUGGAGAUCGACGCAGCCCUCCUCACUUCUCGGCCCCAGAGUCCUCUCUGCUCCGGCUGCAGGCCUGUGAGGUACCAGGUUCUCCGCGAGCCCCCCUUCGCCAGUGGCUCGUCCAUGGUGGUGACGCAUCCUCGCAGGAAGUUCACAGACACGGAGGUCACACCAGGGCAGCUGUACCAGUACCAAGUUCAAGCUGAAGCAGGAGCAGAGCUGGGAGAAGCUUCCCCUCCCCUGAUCCACAUCCAUGGAGCUCCUUACUGUGGAAAUGGGAAGGUGGAGAAGAGCCUUGGAGAAGAGUGUGAUGAUGGAGACCUUCUAAGUGGAGACGGGUGCUCAAGGGCGUGUGAGCUGGAGCAAGGAUUCAACUGUGUGGGGGAGCCAAGCCUCUGCUACAUGUAUGAGGGAGACGGGAUAUGUGAGUCUUUUGAGAAAGAAACCAGCAUCUUCGACUGUGGCCUCUAUACUCCCAAGGGAUACUCGGAUCAGUGGGCUACCCAAGCUUACUCCCCACGCGAAGACAAGGAGAAGUGUCCCGUUUCCUUGGUAACUGGAGAACCUCAUUCCAUGAUUUGCACCUCAUACCAUCCAGAUUUACCCAAGCACCGUCCCCUUACUGGCUGGUUUCCCUGUGUCAGCAGUGGAAAUGGACCUCAAGAUGAAGGCGGUAAGAAAGCGGAAGGUAGCCUGGAGAAAGAGGACGAAGUUUGGCUCCAAGUGUGUUUCAGUAGACCAGGAGUGGCUACGGCAAUUUUCAUUUUCUUGGCGUCUGAUGGCCUGGCUCCUGGGGAGCGUCGGCAGCCAACCGUGACCGUCUACCUAACUGACAUCAGUGGAAGCAACCACUCUCUUGGAACCUAUGAACUGUCAUGCCAACAAAACCCAGUGGUUAUCAAUGUGACCCAUCACACAACUGCCCUGUUGCACCACACUGCUUCAGUACUGCUGAAUUUUUCCUCCCCACUGGUGGGCAUCUCAGCGGUGGCUCUGAGAACUCCCUCCCACAUCAGUUUUUCAGCUCCUCAAAGCUGCACCCCAGCGAACAGGGGACAAACUCAUCAGGGACAGAGCUGUGUCUACCGGCCCUGUGGGGAGCAGGGCAGCUGUGCGCCACUGCUGCUUGACCACGCGGACAGGGUGAACUGUAGCUCUCACGGCCCAGGUCACAUGAAGUGCGCCAUCAUGUGCCAAAGGGGGUUUGCCCUGCAGGCCAGCAGCGGGCAGUACCGCAGGCCCAUUCAGAAGGAGACCCUGCUCACAUGUUCCUCUGGGCACUGGGACAUGGAUGUGAGUUGCAUGCCUCUUGACUGUGGGAUUCCUGACCCAUCCUUGGUGAACCACGCCACCUUCUCCUGCCCAGAGGGAACCGACUUCCUGAAGCGCUGCUCUAUCUCUUGUGUUGCACCAGCCAAGCUUCAAGGAUUGAGCCCAUGGCUGACCUGUCUGGAAGAUGGGCUCUGGUCUCUCCCUGAAGUCUACUGCAAGCUGGAGUGUGACGCUCCUCCUGUGAUCCCGAACGCCAACCUGCUCCUGCCUCAGUGUCUCCACGGCCAGCACGACGUGGGCACCGUCUGCAGAUACGAAUGCAAACCAGGCUACUACGCGCUGCAAAGUGUGGAGACUAAAGCCAGGAGCAAGUUCCUGAAGAUACAGUGCCUGGAAGGUGGAGUCUGGGAGCAAGGAAGCUGCACCCCAGUGGUGUGCGAGCCGCCUUCUCCCGUCUUUGAAGGCAUGUAUGAGUGUACCAAUGGCUUCAAGCUGGACAGCCAGUGUGUGCUCAACUGCGACCAGGAAGCUGAGAGGCCACCUAUCCUCUGCACUACAGAGGGACUGUGGACCCAGGAGUUCAAGCUGUGUGAGAACCUGGGAGGAGAAUGCCCACCGCCUCCCUCCGAGCUGAAUCUCGUGGAGUACAAGUGUGAACAGGGAUACGGGAUUGGUGCAGAGUGCUCCCCCUUGUGUAUGAUCCCCCCUAGUGAUCCUGUGCUGCUGCCCGACAACAUCACCACCGACACGCUGGAGCACUGGAUGCAACCCGUCAGAGUCCAGAGCAUUGUGUGCACCGGCCGGCGUCGAUGGCACCCAGAUCCCGUGCUGAUCCACUGUAUCCAGUCCUGCGAGCCUUUUCAAGCAGAUGGUUGGUGUGAUACCAUCAACAACCGGGCCUACUGCCACUAUGAUGGGGGAGACUGCUGCUCUUCCACUCUCUCCUCCAAGAAGGUCAUUCCAUUUGCUGCUGACUGUGACCAGGAUGAGUGCACCUGCCGAGACCCCAAGGCAGAAGAAAAUCAGUAAUUGUGGGAUCGAGUCCCUCCUCUACUGCCCUGGAGGCAGUCAGAGAGAGAGGGUGCUGCAGGAGCAAACGGAGGUCAACGAAGAAGAAUGGCUGUGAAACAGAGGAAGGUGGCAGAGUAGUAAGGAUCUUACAAGAAACGCGAGAGAAUGCUUAUGGGUGCCAACGAGUGCAUCAAGUCGACCAAAUAGGAAGACUUCCAGGCAGAAGCCUUUUUAAAGUGGCAGUAGAUUUAAAAUGGAAGGAGGAAAUAUGGUAGAUAUACAAGGACCCUCCUCCCCCGUUUAUAUUCUACUCAAACCCAUUCUCAACUCUUGCUGUACUCCUCUCUCUGCACCCUGCCAACUAUUCAGCCCCACCCAACUUGUAAACCAACACUAAAAUGCUAGAAAAGAAGUUGCCAGGGACACUCUGUUAAUACCCCUUUCUGGAUUGUCAUCUUUCAGGGCUUGUUGAUUCUAAACUGGCUCUAUCCCUUUCUUUGGUGUAGUCUUUCUUAA